AUGUGUCCCCCGGUCAGUGUUAGCCAGGGAGCCAAGGGCAUGCCCUGCCUCUAUGCAGCCUGGCUGUACCAGCUUGUCCAUGGAGACCAGAAGAAGAUCUGCUUCUCCUGCUUCAAGGCAGCUGUCCUGAACGAUAGAGGGCUGCUGUUGGAAGGGCAACCCUCAGAGUUAGUAUCUGAGCCAGACUCUGAGUCAGGAUCUGUGCUAGACUCUGUGUCAGGAUCUGAGCCAGACUAUGAGUCAGGCUGUGAGCCAGACUUUGAGUCAGGCUCUGAGCCAGACUCUGAGCUGGAGGCAGGGGCGGGGCCCAUCCCCGAACAGUCGCCACCGAGUAUGAGUAUGCCUAUCCAGGAAGAGCUUGGGGAACUUCUAUUCAUUCAGGCAAUAACAAUGCCCAAACCUGUGCCCACUGAGUUGGAGCCUAAGGAAGUCGUGCCCCUGGAGCUGGGGCCUCAGGAAGCCGAACCCUUGGAUCAGGGUCCCGAGUUUACUGAGUGGGCCGAGGCCCUUCCCCGGAGAUUUGAUGACCUUUUUGAUUGCUCGCACCAGCUCAUGCCUCCUCUGUCCUGGUGGGAUGUUUUCAAUGGUGUAAACAUGUCUCCUGGGCAGCCCGUGUUGUUGGAGCUGAGUGCCAUGUGCCCCAUGACCCACACUGGUGCAGAAUUAUAUUUGACAAGCCUGCAGUUCUUCAUCCUGUUGACUGUCUCCCAACAUAAGAGCACCCUGCUGUCAAUGUCUACCCGCUGGGUUGUGAUGACUCAGGCCCAUCGCUGGGAGUUGUUUCUUGACCCUGGUGAGGUGAGGACGGCUGACUUGGUACAGUCACUUGAUGGGCAGGACCUGCAGUUCUGGAGGCUGAUCAUGCUGGAGUGCCCGAAAUCCAACCAGGUGCUGGUGCCUGCUCUCUGCGGCCUGCGGAAGAGAGGCUUCAGGGUGCACUCCUACCUGCCCUGGCAGGAUUACAUCCCAGAUGACUGGGGCCUCUGGCCGCCAAAUCGGGAGAAGUUAGUCGAAGACCCCAGGCUUGGCCCAAGCUCUCCGACCCUGAUCCUGCUUCCUGAUGCACAGAACUGAUGCUCAGGCAGCAUCCAGGAUUCUGGGGGCCGAGGACAG